AUGGAGCGCAAGCAGCUGGACUCGCGCAUCAAGGCGCUCAUCAGCAAUGGCGUGCAGGAGAAGAAGAGGAGCUUCUUCGUCGUGGUCGGCGACCACUCCAAGGACGUGAUUGUUCACCUCCACUACAUCAUGUCCAGCGUCCACAUGAAGCAAAACAAGUCUGUGCUGUGGGCCUACAAGAAGAAGCUUCUCGGCUUCACCAGUCACCGCAAGAAGCGCGAGCAAAAGAUCAAAAAAGAAAUCAGACGAGGCAUUCGAGAGGCCAACGACAGCGACCCGUUUGAGCUGUUUGUAUCCCUCCACAACAUCAGGUACACGUACUACAAGGAGACGGACAAGAUCCUGGGCCAGACGUUUGGCAUGUGCAUCCUGCAGGAUUUCGAGGCCCUGACGCCCAACAUCCUGGCCAAGACGAUGGAGACGGUCGAGGGCGGCGGCCUGGUGGUCAUGCUGCUCAAGGGAAUGAGCAGCCUGCGGCAGCUGUACAACCUGUCGAUGGACGUGCACUCCCGGUACCGCACCGAGGCCCACAACGACGUGGUCGCGCGCUUCAACGAGCGGUUCCUGCUGUCGCUGGGCCGCUGCGACUCGUGCCUCGUCAUCGACGACGAGAUGAACGUCCUGCCCGUCUCGGGCGGCAAGGACGUGACGGCUCUGCCGCCCCCCGACCUGGACGAGAGCAAGACGGAGCACGACGCCGAGCUGGCCGGCAUCAAGGACCAGAACGAAGACAGGGAGCCGGUCGGGUCGCUGAUCAAGCUGGCCCGGACGGUGGACCAGGCCAAGGCCCUGCUGACGUUUGCCGAGGCCGUCGCGGAGAAGACGCUGCGGAGCACCGUCACGCUCACGGCCGCCCGAGGCCGCGGCAAGUCGGCCGCCAUGGGCGUCGCCGUCGCGGCCGCCGUCGCGCACGGGUACAGCAACAUCUUCAUCACGUCGCCGUCGCCCGAAAACCUCAAGACGCUGUUUGAGUUUGUCUUCAAGGGCUUCGACUCCCUCGGCUACGCCGACCACGCCGACUACUCCAUCAUCCAGAGCACCAACCCGGACUUCAACAAGGCCAUUGUCCGCGUCAACAUCCACAGGCAGCACCGGCAGACCAUCCAGUACAUCCGGCCGCAGGAUGCCCACGUCCUGGGCCAGGCCGAGCUGCUGGUCAUUGACGAGGCGGCCGCCAUCCCGCUGCCCCUCGUCCGGAAGCUGAUGGGACCCUACCUCGUCUUCAUGGCCUCCACCAUCAACGGCUACGAGGGCACCGGGCGAUCGCUGUCCCUGAAGCUGAUCAAGCAGCUCCGGGAGCAAUCUCGGCCCGCCUCCUCCUCCGCCGCGGACACCAACGACCACGACGCCGACAUUGGCGACCGCCGGUCCACCGCCGGGGGCAAGAAAGCAGCCUCCUCGGGCGACGGAUUUCAGGUCGCGAGGAAGCUGCGCGAAAUCACCCUGUCGGAGCCCAUCCGGUACGCGAGGGGCGACUCGGUCGAGAAGUGGCUCAACAAGCUGCUGUGCCUGGACGCCACGCUGCCCAGGCCGCCGUCCAAGUCGACGACCAUCCACGGCUGCCCCGACCCGAGCCAGUGCGAGCUCCUCGCCGUCAACCGCGACACCCUGUUCUCGUACCACCCCGUCCCGGAGGCCUUCCUGCAGCAGAUGGUCGCCCUCCUCGUCGCCAGCCACUACAAGAACUCGCCCGACGACCUGCAGCUCAUGAGCGACGCCCCGGCCCACGAGCUGUUCGUGCUGGUCCCGCCCAACGCCGACUCCGCCGGCAGGCUGCCCGAGCCCCUCUGCGUCAUCCAGGUGUCGCUGGAGGGCCAGAUCAGCCGGCAGAGCGUGCUCAACAGCCUGAGCCGCGGCCAGAGGCCGCACGGCGACCUGAUCCCCUGGCUCGUCAGCCAGCAGUUCCAGGACGAGGACUUUGCCUCCCUCUCGGGCGCCCGCGUCGUGCGCAUCGCCACCAACCCGGACUUUGUCUCCAUGGGCUACGGCUCGAAAGCGCUGCAGCUCCUGGCGGACUAUUACGAGGGGCGCUUCGCGAGCAUCUCCGAGGACGACGACCAGGUUGCCGAGGGCAGCAUGCGCAGAGCCACGGACGCCGAGCUGGCCCGCAACGGCGCCCCGUCGCUGCAGUCCGAGGUGAUUGCCGUCAGAGACCAGGCGCAGAUGCCCCCGCUGUUCUCCAAGCUGCGCGAGAGGCGGCCGGAAGCCCUCGACUACCUGGGCGUCAGCUACGGGCUGACCGGGCCGCUCCACAAGUUUUGGAAACGGGCCUCCUUCUCCCCCGUCUACCUGCGGCAGACCCCCAACGACCUCACCGGCGAGCACACGUGCGUCAUGCUGCGGCCUCUCGAGAACGGCGGCGGCGGCGACGGGAGCUGGCUGGGCGCCUUUUGCCGAGACUUUCACAAGCGGUUCCUGUCCCUGCUCUCGUACCAGUUCCGCACCUUUGACGUCAAGACGGCCCUCAGCAUCGACGAGUCCGCCAACGCCGGCGCCGAGCUCGACGCCGCCGCCAAGCCGGAACCCCUGGCCAAGUCCGAGCUCGACCAGCACUUUUCGCCCUUUGACCUGAAGCGGCUCGGGUCGUACGCCAACAACAUGCUCGACUACCACGUCGUCCUCGACAUGAUGCCCACCAUUGCCACGCUGUACUUUGCCGGCAAGCUCAAGGGUCCCGUCAGCCUCAAGGGCCUCCCGCAGUGCAUCCUGCUGGGCGUGGGGCUGCAGCGCAAGGACAUUGACGCGGUCGCCAGGGAGCUGACCAUGUCCCCGUCGCAGCUGCUGGCCAUGUUCAUCAAGAUACUGCGCAAGGUCGACGCCCACUUUGGGGCCCUGGUGUCGCAGUCCGUCGAGGCCCAGCUCCCCGCGGCGGCGGCCGGCCCGGGCGUCUCGAGGGAGGAUGCCAGCGGCGCCCACGACGACGAGCUUGUCGACGACCGCUUCGUGCCCUUGGCCACGUCGCUCGAGGACGAGCUGGAAGAAGGAGGCGACGAGGCGUUGAAGGCGCUGAAGAAGAAGCAGCGGGAGCUCAUAGACUCUCUGCCCCUGGAUCAGUACGCGAUUGACGGCGACGCGCCGACCUGGCAGGACGCCGAGAAGCAGGUCAGGAACGCGGCCAAGCACGGCAAGGCCAACCCCGUGGUCAGCGUCAAGUCGACGCACAAGCGAAAAGCCGGCCAGACGGCGGCCGAGAUUUACGAGGCGGAACUGGGCAAAAGUUCGAGCAAGAAGGUCAAGAAGGGCAAGCAGUCGCAUUAG